AUGGCCAUCGCCAUUCGAGUUUCUCCCGCGGAUUUGAUGGUACACGGGCGGGCGGAAAACUUCCGCUGGUUAGAGGCCGCCCACAUAAGGGGGCGCAUAUCCGCCUCCUUGCGUCAUCGAGAUCAGAAGGAUGAUGAUGGACCUCUUGUAGAGUUCUGGCGCAAGCGCUUGGAGAGUGAUCCGGAAAUUUCCGUCAAACGGACUAUGCGAGUUAUUAGUCCCCACCUUAAGGAGUGGAUCGAGAAGGAUUGUGCCCUCUCAUAUCGCUUGACGCAGGUGUUCUCUGGGCAUGGAUGCUUUGGGGAGUACCUGUGUCGGAUAGGCAGAGAGUUGAUCACGGAGUGA